CCAUUUCCUUUCUGUGAGAGAAGGCUUUUGUCUUUCCUCCUGCAACAAUGUCAGUGUCUGGCAAGGAAGAGUUUCAUGUGAAACAGAUCCUAAGGCUACAUUGGAGGUGGUUUAGUCAUCCCUCUCAAGGGUCGCCCAACACUGGAAACUGCUUUCAGCAGGAAGGAUAUGAGCAUAGAGGGACCCCGGUUCAGGGCAGGUUGAACAACCAUGCUCAGGACAGAAACAGACUGAAAAAAAGGAACAAUCCUUUCCACCCCAACAUACUAACACCAGUGCCAGGACUGGCCCCUGACCAUCAAAGAGCCUUUCAGAAUUGGCACUCACAAAACUCGAUAGAACAUCUUCGAGCAAAUGAAGAUACUCCUAAAGCAGUUUCAGAAGAGAGUUUGUUUAAAGAAGCCUGUGAGAAACACUUACAAGAUUUGGAGAUGAUUGCUGAUGAUAACACAGAAGAUUCUACAGUGAGAUUGGAUACACAAAAUCCUGAAGAAAUGAGUGUCAACAGAUCUGAGGAGCAGUUCCAUGCUAUAAACCAUGCAGAGCAAACUCUCCACAAAAUGGAGAACUACCUGAAAGAGAAACAACUGUGUGAUGUACUACUUAUUGCUGGACACCUCCGAAUCCCAGCCCAUCGGUUGGUUCUCAGCGCAGUGUCUGAUUAUUUUGCUGCAAUGUUUACUAAUGAUGUGCUUGAAGCCAAACAAGAAGAGGUCAAGAUGGAAGGAGUUGAUCCUAAUGCACUUAAUUCCUUGGUGCAGUAUGCUUACACAGGUGUUCUGCAGUUAAAAGAAGAUACUAUUGAAAAUUUGUUGGCUGCAGCUUGUCUCUUGCAGCUGACUCAAGUCGUUGAAGUCUGCUCCAAUUAUCUCAUAAAGCAGCUCCAUCCUUCAAACUGCUUAGGAAUUCGAUCAUUUGGAGAUGCUCAGGGCUGUACAGAGCUCCUAAGUGUGGCACAUAAGUACACAAUGGAACACUUCAUUGAGGUAAUAAAGAACCAAGAAUUCCUCUUGCUUCCAGCUAAUGAAAUUUCAAAACUUCUGUGCAGUGAUGACAUUAAUGUGCCUGAUGAAGAAACAAUUUUCCACGCUUUAAUGCAGUGGGUGGGGCAUGAUGUGCAGGCUAGGCAACGAGACCUAGCAAUGUUGCUUUCUUAUAUCAGACUGCCAUUACUUCCACCACAGUUACUGGUGGAUCUUGAAAACAGCUCUAUGUUUGCUGGUGAUCUUGAGUGUCAGAAGCUCCUAAUGGAAGCUAUGAAAUACCAUCUGUUACCUGAGAGAAGACCUAUGAUGCAAAGCCCUCGGACAAAGCCUAGAAAAUCAACUGUGGGGGCACUUUAUGCUGUGGGAGGCAUGGAUGCUAUGAAAGGUACCACUACAAUCGAAAAAUAUGAUCUCAGAACCAACAGCUGGCUACAUAUUGGCACCAUGAGUGGCCGUAGGCUUCAGUUUGGAGUUGCAGUUAUUGAUAAUAAGCUCUAUGUCGUGGGAGGAAGAGAUGGUUUAAAAACUUUGAAUACUGUGGAAUGUUUUAAUCCAGUUGGCAAAAUCUGGACUGUGAUGCCUCCCAUGUCAACACACAGGCAUGGCUUAGGUGUAACAACACUUGAAGGACCAAUGUAUGCUGUUGGUGGUCAUGAUGGAUGGAGUUAUCUAAAUACCGUAGAAAGAUGGGACCCUGAAGGACGUCAAUGGAAUUAUGUGGCCAGUAUGUCAACUCCUAGAAGCACAGUUGGUGUUGUUGCAUUAAAUAAUAAACUAUAUGCUAUUGGUGGUCGUGAUGGAAGUUCCUGCCUCAAAUCAAUGGAAUACUUUGACCCACACACUAACAAGUGGAGUCUGUGUGCUUCAAUGUCCAAAAGACGUGGAGGUGUGGGAGUUGCAGCAUACAAUGGAUUCUUAUAUGUUGCUGGGGGUCAUGAUGCCCCUGCUUCUAGCCAUUGCUCCAGGCUUUCUGGCUGUGUGGAACGGUAUGAUCCAAAAAAUGAUUCAUGGUCAACUGUAGCACCUCUGAGUGUUCCUCGAGAUGCUGUUGCUGUAUGUCCCCUUGGAGACAAACUCUAUGUGGUUGGAGGAUAUGAUGGACAUACUUAUUUGAACACUGUUGAGUCAUAUGAUGCACAGAAAGAUGAAUGGAAAGAGGAAGUUCCUGUCAACAUUGGAAGAGCUGGUGCAUGUGUUGUGGUGGUGAAGCUGCCAUAAAGCUAUCUUUAUCAAUAGGAGUGAAACUGGUCAUUUCACAAAAUGGAUUCGGAAGAAGAGAAGAAACGUGUUAUUUCCUUCAAUUAGUAAUCAAACAUGAACAUUAUUGUGUCAUUUUAAUAUGUAGUUAUAAUUUCAUUUGUGAAGUUAAAGCAAGUUUUCAAACAUGAAUUACAUAUAGGUGUUAAAUGUAUGUGUUGUUGCAGCUGAUAAUAUAAGUGGAAAUCCAAUAGUCUAGGUUUAGCCUCAUUACUAAAAUUUUUAAGGGAAAUCAAUAGUGACCAAGGUAUGAAAGGUUGUAAAAGCAUUGGUAAUUUUUAAGUUAAGAAUAGGAGAAGAACAUUUUCUAUUUCAAAACACAAA